AUGCCCGAGGAGCCCCCCAAACACCGUCGGUCAAGCCUCGGCGGCCUUAUGGAUCGGAUGCUCCAUCGGGAUCAUCAUGACAAUAAGGACCAGGCCCAGCAAGCUAAGGAUGACCUUGUGCAGGAGCCUGGUCAGGCGGAGCACGAAGAUAUGCCCAGCCAGCCUAAGAAGGAGGACGAGGUGGAUAAGUUCAAGGACUAUAUGAAGAAGGAUGAGCAGAUGGAGGCGGAGGGUCGGACUUAUGGGGAUUUGAUGUGA